AUGGGAAAUAAUAAUUCAACAGCUGAUCUCAUUGAUACGUCAGUAAUAAAUCAUGAAGAUAUUUUUAAAGUUGAUAACAUAAAUUCUCAUGGUUGUAAACAUUCUUCAGCUAAAAUUCAAUUAUCAAAUGAUAAUUUAUGUAUACAUCAAAAAAAUAGACAAUCACUAUUUAUUCCAUUGAAUACAAUAAAACGUUACGGUUUAGAUGGUUCGAUAUUUAUUCUUGAAUGUGGUCGUCGCGCACCACUCGGUCCAGCGCGUUAUGCAUUUCGUUGUAAAAGAGCUCAACAUCUUGCUAAUUGUUUAGAUCAACGUAUAUCAUUCAUUUCAAGUCAAUUAUUUGACGAAGAACAUGAUAAAUUAUCGCUAAGUCUAACAACGGUUUCAUCAAAUAUUAACCGUCUACGACGAACACAAUCAUCAUUAUCACUAGCAUCAUCGACAUCGUUUUAUCGAGAGUCUCAAGCGAAUUUAUCGGAAAAUUAUUUUAAUUUUGGAAAGCAAAAUGAAGAUUACAAUAAUUCACUUGAAAUAAAUUAUACAGAAUUUAGAAAAGAUACGCAAAAAUCAAAUGGAACUUUGUCGCAUGGUCAAAGUGAUGAGGAAAGUGCACCUGCACUUGCUUCCAAUGAAUCGAAAUCUUAUGUUUUCAUUGAUCAUGAGAAAACAAUCACAUUGAAGGAAAUUACUGAACAACGAUUACAACAGAAUCUUCAACGCCAUGAAGUUUAA